AUGGAGAUGAGGCAACACGAAGCUACACGGGAGAUUCCUUUUGAUCUGGUGAUAGAGAUUCUCUGGAGACUUCCAGCUAAAUCACUUAUGAGGUUCAAAUCCGUCUCGAAGCACUGGUUAUCCCUAACUAUUUCCCAAUAUUUCACCAAACGUUUUCCAAGGGUUUCACCAUCCGCUCAGCGUCUAUACUUUAAAGACAAAAAUGUAUUACUAUCAACGUCGGCUUUGUCUGACUUGGACGGUACUACUAUGUCUUCCAUUGUAGUUGACCAAGAAGCGACAAUCCCAGCUAUGGAAGACUACUCCGUCUCUCACGUUUUUCACGGUUUGAUGUGCUUUUGA